AUGUUAUGUGGUAAUCGACCAAGUAGUCAUUUUAAUAAGGUUGGAUGGAAAAAUAUUAUAAAGAAGUUGAAUGAUAUUACUAAAAGGAACUACGACUAUAGACAAUUGAAGAACAAAUGGACUGGACUUAAGAAAGAAUGGCAGUUAUGGACAAGUUUGAUUGCAAAAGAGACUGGAUUAGGAUGGGAUCCUGUGAAGCAAACAAUCAAAGCUACCGAUGAAUGGUGGGAUAAGAAAAUAAAGGAGAAACCUGAGGUUGCAAGAUUUCGAACACAUGGAUUGAAACAUGUUGACCUGUUAGAUAUUUUGUUUAAAGAUGUUGUCACGGUUGAAGGCGCUUGGGCACCUUCACAAGGUUUUAUGGUGGAGGAUGUUGACAAUGGUCCAGCUAUAGGAGAACAUAAUGAAGAGAUUAUGGUUGAGGAACAAGAUGACUUUGGGUAUAAUAUUGAUCUUAAUGCUGGACUUGAGGAUAUAGUUGAUGUUGAAACUGACAAUAAAAGGAAAAGAGAUUCGAAAAGACCUGGAGUUGGGGUUAAGGUGACGAAGCGGUUAGAUUCUAUUUAA